AUGGCUGGAACCGAGUCGUUGAGGGACGUGACACUGCGACCAUGGCCAGCACCGAAGAAGGAGGAGCUAAGCCAGGAAGACUUGUUCCUCCAAAUCCAGCAGCUCACGACUGAACGGGGACAUUUACGCGACAUCACCGAGAAGUCCCUCCACGAGGAUAUUGCUGCAGGCAAAGACGUUCCAGAUGAGGCCAAGGAAGACGUGGAGUCGGGUGCGAAGGAGAAGGAUGCUCCAACCAAGCAAGAGAUGCUUGAGAAGGUCUUCAAUGCGCAGAGGGAGAUGUACGGACACCUAGAAUGGGCCAAGUUUGCUGCAGAAAAUGCGCUCGACCUUAUCUCGCUCGUGCUGUCCCAAGAUCCGAACAAGCGCUCGGCGGCAUCCUUUAGCCAUACUUUUCGAGAAAUGGGGUUGAGUCAAGGCAUUCCGUUUGGUUCGUUUGGAAUCAGCAGAGAGAAUCACGAAUUUCACGUGCGGAAGCCAGAUGAAAUACUGAGGUUGCAGGAACAAGAGGACAGACAAGUAGUCGCGGCAAAAGGAUCGAGGAUGGAAUCGCUCGACUCUGCGGUAGACGAGAUACUCAAAGCAGCGAAGAAGUUGGAAAAGGAAGUACGCAGGGAGACAAAGUACUGGAAGGAGAUUGUGUCUGUAUCUGACAAGGGCUGGCCAAUCCAACGACUGCGUCAAAAUGCGCGCCACGUGCCCUUUGGCGUGCGUUAUGGCCUUCCUGAAGCGAGCGAUCACUUCAAGGCACGCGGCUUUGCGCCUCUGAACAUGGACAAAGACGGAAGCAUCAUUCUAGACCCAGCACUGCGACUGAAGCCCAAGACAUUCCGCGUGAGGAUCAGCGAGAACGGAAGGAUCAUAGGCACAUCACAACUUCCAAUCGAAGCCGAAUGCAAAGAACUUCCGAUCGAGAAAUCCAUUCAACUCGCGCGGGACUCCUUGUUGGAAGAGGAACUAUAUCACGAGAUGAGCCUGGAGACACGACAACUGUUAGCCUACGGAGUCGAGUUUCGAGAUUCAGUUAUACAUGUGGAUGCACCGCGAAUGGGUGGUACAUCGCAUUCUCGAAAGCUGCUGAUCGAUUGUAUUCCCCGAGAUGAUUCUGUUCCCGGCGGUCAAGAGCGUUCGCAUGAUUGGCUCGCGCAGAACGUCGCCGAAGCGUUACGCCUUCUCCUCGCUCACGAACACAGCAUGCGCCUCUACCGAAGAUCCCAGCUCCCACCUCCGCUGACCGGACGAGCACGAGAGAAGCCACCACCACCAUUACUUCGCACUCUACUAGCAGUGUUCCGCCAUCUUGAAGGUGUUGGCUCUCUUCACGUUUAUCUCGAAACUGUCGCAAGGACAUUGAACAGCGCCGGCUUAGAUGUGACAUUAACAACGACCCUCGAAACCUCCUGGGCAAAGCUUACGGAAAGCCUGAAAGAGUCCUCCAAAAAAGGUCUUUCCGCCACUGAUCAACUGCUCGAUGUAUUUAUGAAGCCAUUCGACGGAAGGGCUACAUUGACUCUGCCAUCAUGGAGUGGGCAAUCGGAGAGCAUGACUAUAGCUACACGAACUAUAGUCGGCCAGCCCACAUUCGGCACAGAGCACAAACUCACCAUGCCAUCCUCGCUAACGUCGGAUCUUGGGCUAUUCCAGGAGUUGAAGUUUUCGGUCGUUGAAGAGGUCAAGUCCUACAUAGACUGGAUCCUCACCCUUCAAAUAGCGCAUAGGCUAGUCAAGAGCGAAUACUCUUCGCGAGUAGUCAUCAAAACCCAUGGCCAAAGGGUUACGAUCGUCAGCAGGGGAACCAAAAAGGGCUCCACUGCCUCGAAAGAUAUUUCGGUCGAGGUCCAGCAUGGUGAGUUGAAGGUCACGGCGACAGCUGUCAACCCACAGGAAGGGGCCGAAGAUUCCGAGCGAGUGCACACCUGGAAUGGGCAGAAAGAAGCAAUAUCUCUCAAAGAGGUAGUCAAGAGCUGGGUGGAAUGA